CGCUAAAAUAUUGCAGAGAACCCCACUUGCACUUGAAGUAGGUUCAUCCAUCUACUUCACUGAUAAGAUGUACUUGAUCUCAGAUCACAAUAUACUCAACAACAGACCUUGUUGUUGCUGCAUGAACUCUGCAUGUGAUGAAGAUACAGACACUUCAUUUGAGUUCAGAAACCAUCCCCAUCACAGUAGAGGCUUCUGCAGGCAUGAUCCCAAGAUUCAAAUUUUGCAUUCAAUUCCUGAUAAUAAUAUCACAUCACAUGAACAUAUGAUGUUAACCCUCUUUGCCUUCAUGGAUCCUUCCUCCACUCGUCUUGUUGAAGGCUGAGCCUUCUUCAUCCUAAAGCAAAUGACAAUACAGAGAGGCAAAUGUGAUAAAAAGACCCUCCCCAACUAACAUCCUUUUCCUUCAUCUUCCUCCAACUCCCAUUCUCACCAUCCCUUCUGUAAUAGCUCUCGUUUAUCUCUCUUUCUCUCCCUAAACCUCUUCUCUCCAUCCCUCCAUCAUCAGCAUCAUCUCUCUCUCUCUCUCUCUCUCUCUCUCUCUCUCUCUCUCUCUCUCUCUCUCUCUCUCUCUCUCAUCAACAUCUUUCCUCCACUUCACCAAAAUCCGAAGUGUAGCUCUUCAGCUACUUUCGCUGCUUCAAUAGCCAAGAGAAUGACUAUGUGUUCCGGUUUCCUUCUCUUUGUUCUCUCGAGCAAAAAGGAAACUUUUUUGAGUUUCCGCCAUUGCUGAAACUUCCUUCUGCACACAAAGACCUGAGCUUUCUGCGUUCCCAAUGUCUUCCCGGCCGAGAAUGUUAGUGAUGCGGCAACCUGUGGUGGUCGACGUCGGGUGCAGCUGCCGGCGGCCAAAGCUCCCAUUUUUGUUCUCCUCCUCGCAGAAAACCGCCAAGCCACCGAAGAGCCCUUGCCUCCCCUACUCUUCCACCACCACUUCAUCAUGGGAAACCAGCAUUACCGUAACCACUAACACCACUGCUGCCGCCGUGAGCUCCUCCUCCUCCUCCUCUCCCUCCCGCUACGGCGACUGCACCUCCUCUCCGUCGCUCGCGAUCGACCAGCCGGAGAUCUUGAAGAAGACGACUGCUAGGGGACAGCGAAGGACAAACAAGAAGAAGAGGAACAAGCGCGCGGCUGCGACGGCGGGGAGGAAGAGGGUGGUGGAGGGGAGUGUAGCAGUGGUCAAGGAGUCGUUGGAUCCGUGCAUGGACUUCCGGAACUCGAUGCUGCAGAUGAUCGUGGAGAUGGAGAUCUACGAGUGGGAGGACCUCGGUAACCUCCUCCACCGCUUCCUUGCUCUCAACGCCCCGGGCCACCACCACCUCAUCCUCCGCGCCUUCGCCGAGGCCUGGAACCUCGUCUUCGCGCCUUCUUCCCCCUCAACCUCAACCUCAACCUUCUCGACCCGCCGCCGUCAGCGACCGAACUCCCUUGAACGCGACAGCUGGGGCGAAGGAGAAGACGAGAGUUGAGAUCCCGCAACCACCCAGUGCGACGUGGAAAAACUCCACUGGCAGGUGACAGGAUCGCACACCGCAACAAAAUCAUAAAAAAGGAAUAGUAGUAAAAGUAAUUAUUAUAAUAGUUUUCAUUUUUUGUUUUAAGAAAGUAUUGAUAAAGAAAUGA